CAGAAUUCCUAGCGCAGACUAACCCGGAAAUGCCGUCGUUUCUUCCAGAGUGAAAGUGCUGUUGUAGAAAAUGAGGUGUUGUCGUGUGUGAGCAAGACAUGGUGCCAGAACAUGGAAAGCAGCAGAAACGUUCUUCGGCCGAUGGCGAGGGGGACGGAUCCUUUGUGUUUGAAGCCCAAGAGGCCUGGAGGGAUUUCCACAGUUCCCUCCAACACUUCUAUGAGAACGGUGAACUCUGUGAUGUCACACUAAAGGUCGGAAGCAGACUAAUUCCAUGUCACAAACUAGUUCUUGCCUGCGUUGUUCCAUACUUCCGAGCCAUGUUCCUCUCAGACAUGGCCGAAGCCAAACAGGACCUGAUUGAGAUACGCGAUUUUGACGCAGACGCCAUCCAGGACCUGGUGCGCUUCGCGUACUCUUCGCGGCUGACGCUGACGGUGGAUAACGUUCAGCCGUUGCUGUAUGCGGCGUGUAUCCUGCAGGUGGAGCUGAUCGCUCGGGCCUGUUGUGAGUACAUGAAAGCUCAUUUCCAUCCCUCCAACUGUCUGGCCGUACGAACGUUUGCAGAGAGUCACAACAGAGUGGAUCUGAUGGACAUGGCCGACCGUUACGCCAGCGAACAUUUCGGCGAAGUGGUCGAGUGUGAAGAUUUCGUCUGCGUUUCACCGCAGCACCUGAAAACGCUGCUGGCCUCCAGUGACCUGAACAUUCAUUCUGAAACUCAAGUGUACAACGCUGCAGUGAAGUGGCUGAAAGCCAACGUCAAGCAUCACGAGCUCUGGCUGGAUCAGAUUCUUUCUCAGGUGCGUCUGCCGCUGCUGUCGGUGGAUUUCCUCACCGCCACUGUGGCUAAAGAAGAAAUGAUCAAGACCAGUUUGAACUGCAGAGACCUCUUAGAUGAAGCUCGCAAUUACCACAUGCACCUUAGUAACAAAAGCGUUCCUGACUUUGAGUAUUCGAUCCGCACAACACCCCGCAAACACACGGCAGGUGUGUUAUUCUGUGUCGGAGGACGGGGUGGUUCCGGUGACCCAUUCCGCAGUAUCGAGUGUUACUCCAUCACUAAAAACAGCUGGUUCUUUGGCCCUGAAAUGAACAGCAGACGCAGACAUGUGGGGGUGAUUUCAGUGGGAGGGAAGGUUUACGCUGUUGGAGGUCAUGACGGCAAUGAACAUCUUGGGAACAUGGAGGUGUUCGAUCCACACACAAACAAGUGGAUGAUGAAGGCAUCUAUGAAUACUAAACGAAGGGGGAUCGCUUUGGCUGCUCUGGGGGGUCCCAUCUACGCUAUCGGUGGUCUGGACGAUAACUCAUGUUUCAAUGAUGUUGAACGUUAUGACAUCGAGUCGGAUCGCUGGAGUGCCGUGGCCCCUAUGAACACACCCAGGGGAGGCGUCGGUUCUGUGGCUCUCGGGGGACACGUGUACGCAGUCGGCGGAAAUGAUGGGGUGGCAUCACUGUCCAGUGUCGAGCGUUUUGACCCUCAUCUGAACAAAUGGACAGAUGUGCGGGAAAUGGGGCAGCGGCGCGCUGGAAACGGCGUUAGUGAACUCAACGGUUGCCUCUAUGUUGUUGGUGGUUUUGAUGAUAAUUCUCCAUUGAGCUCAGUGGAGCGUUUCGAUCCCAGGAUGAACCGAUGGCAGUAUGUGUCAGAGCUGACCACGCCGAGGGGCGGAGUCGGUGUUGCCACAGUGAUGGGCCGGGUUUUUGCUGUGGGUGGGCACAAUGGAAACAUCUACCUGAAUACAGUGGAGGCCUUUGAGCCACGAACAAACAGAUGGGAGCUGGUGGGCUCUGUGUCUCACUGUCGGGCUGGCGCGGGCGUCGCGGUCUGCUCCACUCACAUCAGUCAGAUUCGAGACAUCGGCCAGGGCUCCAGUAAUGUUGCUGACUGCAUGUAGCCACAAUGUCACAUCACAAUAUCUUUGUUUAUUUCAUCAGUCUUACUGGAUCUGAAGUUCAUUGUAAUUUUAUUGCUUUUGUUUUGCGAUUGUGUGUUUGUCUAGCUGUAUGAUGAUGAGUGUGCUGAACUGCUAAAUGCGUUUCUCUUCUGUAAAAUUAGACUGGAGUUUCCAGAAGAUGACAUUAGUUUAAUAGACAGUGAUUUCGGACUACUUGUGUAAAUCUGUUUUUCAUGUAUGUAGCAGAUGACAUCAGAUAAAAGCGCAAAGACUGCUUUGUGACGAUCACUUUGUGAUCACUGGUGUUUUUUUGCGUCUGUACAAUCACAGCCACAGAAUGAGAGACGCAUGCAGAGCAUGUGCUGUCACGGUAAUGCAGGGGUGACCAAUACGGUUUCUUUCCAAACACAAUCUAACGCACCCGCCUGUGAUUUUCACCUGAAAAGUAAAACUAUGAUUGGCUGCUUCAGGUGGGUCUUAUUCAGGUUGUCUCUAUGAUCUGCAAGAAUAUAAAGCUCCAGGACCAAGACUGAGCACCACGGUAACGUGAAAAAAAUCCCAGAACUUUUUCUUGAAAUAUAGACACUACAAAAGUUCUGACUGGUUUUUGUGUCAGUCAAAGAUGUGUGGGUGGGGGGGGAGAAUCUCCUGCUUUUCACUGCCAAACUAGAUCUGCAAACUGAAAUAUAAGCUCAGACAUGUGCUUUUAUAUGUCGCUUUUGUAACAGUGGUGUACAUGUUUCUCUUUAUAUAAAAAUUCCUUCAAAAUACUUUUUUUUAAUAAUGUAUGCUGUUUUCUUUGGGCAUGUUAAUCUUAUUUGAAACAGACUUUGAAUUCUGCAUAUAAAAUAUUUGGUAUCUUUAUAUUGUCAUCCUGAGACAUGAGAAAAACAUCUGAAUAUAUGAAUAUUGAAAUGUGUUUCUACAUUAAGUGACGGUCACAGAUGGAACAAGGCAACAAUAAAUGUGACAGCAUGCUGUUAAUCUCAGAAUCUUAAAGAGAGAGACAGAAUCUCAUAUGAGCUUUUCUGAACUAUGACAAAUAUUGCUUUCAAACUCGUGUGAAUUUCUUAUAAAAUGACACUUGGUACAUUCACACAUUUGUAGAUUAUUUAUUUAAUUCAGAAUUUUUUUCAUUGUCACAUUUUAACCAUUAAAUAAAGUAUCACAUCAAAUACGUUUUUUUUUUACCUCGUGAUACAAACAUCAUAGAUCAUUUGAAUGUACUUUCAGAACCAAAGUUUCAUGACAUCGCUAACUGUUAGACUGUGAAUAUAAUUAUUUGAAGCCAAUAUAUUUAGCCGAUUGUGUAACUGAAUUGUGUAAAACCACUGACAGUGAUAAAUAAUUUGAAUUA